AUGCUACCUCAUUUGUUUCAAUUGUUCUUCUUAUCAGUGAUAUGCGUCGUGUAUUCGUUCGGAUGGGAUUCUCUAUUGAAUUUAAAGGAUCAUGAUAAUCUAUGGUGUUAUUCAUGUAAAGGUAGUGGCUGUGAAAAAACAGUUUACGAUAAUAAUGAUGAUGCAGAGAAAAUUGUUUGCAAUAAAAAAACACAAUUAUGUUGGGCUGGUUUUAUUGAUAAUCAACCGUAUCGAACAUGUGCUAGUCGACAUUGUACUCCAACUGAUUUCGCACUUGAUAGCCGCAUUCGUAUCGAAACAUGCUGUCGUUCAAAUUUGUGUAAUUCAGAUUUAAUCACUCCACGUAAAUCACACAAGAGAAAUUCAUCAUUUCCUCUUAUUCAAACAUCUACACAAACAAUAACAACUAGUAGCGUAGUAAAUGAUGAAGAAUCGCAAUUAGCAAUUAAUAGAGAUUUCAAUAGUGAAGUUGGAGACAAUCAAGCUGCGUUUCAAGUCAAUGUCAAUACAAGUGAUCCGAAAAGUUUUGAUAUCGAUUGGGACCGCGUACCAUAUAAUACAGACGUCAGUACUCGUGCAGCAUCGAUAAGCACUGCUCUACUUAUUCUAACGUCUAGUUUAUUACUAAUCAUAUUUUAA